UGUAAUUUGGCAAAAAUACAUAUCAAGUUGUGCCUUGAGUGUUUUUUGUUUUUUUUUUAAUUCUCUCAUGCAGGUAUUUCAUUCAUAUUCAUUCAAAUGGUGUAUAACAUCUUUGCAGGGUUCUGAGGUCCAACUCACUAUAAAUCACUUGUGAACAACAUACAUAUACACACUGCAUCCAUGUUCAUAUAGUCGCAAUGAUUGUCUGUAUUUUUCUUUGUACAUCUUCGUACAAUAGUGUUGAAUAUUUAUCUGUUGAUGAGCCAAUCACUUCCUAAUAUCCAGUCAGGACAACAUUUCAUUGGAUGAGUGCGGCAACACUAGAAAGUGUCUAAGAAUUUCAUAAUAAGGCUACGUAUUCAUAUCUAUACUAUUAUCAAAAUUUGGGCGACCAACAGACCAACAGAAACGACAUCAAUAAUAGCACAGCUUGUAUUACUAGGCUGAUUGUAUUUUAUUUAUAUUUUAAACGUAAGGUGUGGGAAAUUAAAGAAUUUUGCUUGCCAACAUACAAAGUAAACCAACAAUUGGAUGCUCCUUUUUAGGUAUGUACAUAUGUAUAUUGGCUAUGAAGGACGAGAUAAUCGUGUUGAAAAUAAUUAUGUCAGUUGCAUAAAGGUACAUGAAUUAUGAAAUGCUGAAAGUCUGGAAAAAAACAUCAAUUUUUCUCAACCUGUUGUAAUGGCACCUGAUUUGGACUGUGGUAGAAAGGCAUUGUACAUGUUGGUCAAUACCUAUGCUGUUGAGCUAAUGUGUGAGCAGUUAAUCCAUCACAGAUCAGAUUAAGGAGGGGACGGCAGAGAUUACAAAUAAGGAGGACCUUGACUGAAUGGCAAGGCAGACAAGGAAGUAUUGGGGUCAUGUCACUUGGAUUGGAGUCUGCUGAAGAUCACCGACAGAUAAAUCAUUGCUUCAAAGAACAUCAUGGAGGAAAAAGACCUGCUGAAGGAACGUCUCCAGGCUAUCACGGACAAAAGGAGAAUCCAGGAGUACAUUGCCAAGAAAAGAAGAGAAAUAGAGGAAGAAAAACUUAAACUCCAAUACAUAAAGAAAAAAGCACUCAGGGAGCAAUGGCUGAUGGACGGUUUGUGUCAGCAAUCAGAGGAGGAGCAGGAGGCAAUGAGGCUUCAGGCUGAGGAUGAAAAGCAACAGAGCGAUCAGCUGCAGAGCAAUAUCGACAGGAUAGAAAAAGAGAUUGUGGCCUUAGAAACAGAGGAGCAAAACAUCUCUGCCAAUGAGGAAUUUAUUCUGAAGCGAUUAAAAGAAGUGGAGAAGACACCUGAGGACAUUAUCAAGAAAGCUACUUCAGAGACAGAAGAAUCAGAUGGGCAAGAACUAAACAAAGGUUUCUGCAGUUCAGAGAAGCUCAACACUGACAUUGUCGCUAUGGAAACCACUGAGUUACCAGAGCUAGAAAUGGACAACAGUGAGGAGGUCACUGUGGAUGAUUUUACAGACAAGGAACUCAAUUUUAAUACUGAUAACGAACAAAUUAGUAUUAAUACAGACCCAUUAGAUUUCAACGAGGAAUCAAGUUCUAGCAACUUCUCAACGGACUUGGUGACCAGCACACCCAGUGUAUUACCCGAAUGUCCUGAAACCAAUGUUUGCAAUGACAUACCGACCCAUGAGGAAAAGGAAGCCAUACCAUUUGAGGAAGUACAUGACGAGCUCAAAAGAAAUGAGUCCAUCACUUCUUCUGUGUCUGACACUCUUUCCAGUGCUGAAAGUGUUUAUGAAAAUGAGGCUCAUUGUAAGACACAGGAAACAACGGAACCAGAGCAAGAAUUAGAACAGUAUUGCGCAAUAGAGAAAGAGUUCGACCCACUCAGUGUUCUUGAAACAGAAGAGACAUUAGAGGUGGAGGAAGACACGUAUCAAGAGCAACCUACGGAUCCAGAACUCUUGCUGGAUGACGAAGAUGAACACACUUGUUGCAAUGAUGACUAUCAGAACUUAGAGGAAGAUGAAGGAGAUCCUGAUGUUGAACUUUUUGAACCCCCCGUUUCCGAAGAUUUGAUGCUCGAGCAGAACAUUCAAGAAGAUGCUAUGUCUGAUAUAUCGAACGAAUCGUGCCGUUAUCUGGAUCCUGAUGAAGUCGACGAAUGCCUAAGAGUUGAAAUUGCAGCUGCUUCCUCUGACAGUGAGACAGAUGAAAAAUGGAGAACAAUAUUUUCCUCUUCUAUUAACAAAGAAGACGAUGACUCCUAUUUGGACAGUCUUCAGUUAAGCGCACAGGAGCUCUUUGUGCAGAAAGUUGAAGUGAUCGACUCCGAAGACCAAGAUAACGACCACUAUGACGAAGUCCAACUUAACGUUCCGGACAUUGAAGAAUUGCAAGAACAGCCAGAAGAUGUGCCUUGUUCUACACCACCACAAGAUGGUAAAUGUAUCUCUUUAAGCCUUCAAGGCCUGUCCAAAAUCUCUGAAGACGAAAAUGAAAACGGCAAAGAUGACAGUAAUAAUCACAGAACUCAGGAACAAUACUCCCAGAACAUGAUGUCAGACCCAAACAGGAAGAUACCCAAAGACUUCUGCGUGAUACAAGAGACAACGAGUGAGAAUGUUAGCACAGAGCACGUUGAUUUCCAGUUGGCUCGUAAACAGUGGCGAGCAAUGGAAGAACAAACUAAAAACAAAGUUCUCAUACCUGCAGUCAGGCAGCCUAAUUUGCACUGCAGUCACAAUUGCAUGUACACACCAGUUCGAAACAUUGAUAGAACAAAUAGGAAAUCCCAGGAUCUUGAAAGCUUGACUUUAGUUGGGGAUUAUUCGCACACUCAAUUUAGCCCAUGCUCAGAAGAUUCUGGUUUGGACGACUCCAGUUACAGAUCACCUAACGAUGACUUCGAAACACCCGUUGAAAGGGAGAUUCGUAUAUCGAUGGAAAGAGAGGAGAAAUUUAGAAAGGAAAGGGCUCUGUCCGGGAUGGGAAAGUCUGCAGACGCUACGUUUGGCGCCCCAUCACGAGGAAUCCCGAGAUCCAUCAGCACUCCCCUGACACCAUCAUUCAUUAUCACUUCUUCUCCCACAAAGGAACCAUUAAAAAGUGACACCUCCCCGACAAAUGUUAUCAUUCUCGACCCAAGUAAUGAUUUCAAUUCCAAUCCCAGCCAUGGUGAAUGGUGCUCUGAAGAAAGCAGCUCGAAUCUCAUCAUUUUAGAGACAUCAAAUCUGAUUAUUCGCAGUGCUUCGGAGUUCUCGCUCAACAAAGCCUGCGAGCCGCAGGAGAAAAUGUUUAUGAGUAACCCCUUUUUCAAGCUCCGUUCAAGAAGCACAAUGUCGCUGGUGGAUGAAGAGAUACAGAUGGUGAAGCAAAGAGAGGAAGAGCUGAGAAAAGAGAGGGCAAAUCUUUAUGGCAAAGGCAGGUUCAGUGAUAAAAGGAUGUUGGCAAACAACUUGGGUACUUUAUCACUGGAUAAUCCGGCUUUACCAAUGAAGUGCAAGUCCUCACCGUCAUCACCAAUGAAAACACCCAAGAUGGAUCGUUCAACCUUAUCCUGCGAUCACAGAUUUCCAGAGGGCUACACCGCAGGAAGACGCAAGAGUGCCAUGGCUCUGCGCUGGGAGGCUGGCGAGUUUACUAAAAAUGACUAAUAAGGAAAUAAUAAGACAUAAAUCAUUAACUAUAAGUGUUGAAAGUAAAAUACCGUGUUGCCAAUAUUCAUUUAAUUUUGUGAUAGCAAAUCAAUGUUUCAGUAUUGCUUUGGGCUAAAAGAAAACGCUGCAUAGUUCAAAUGUUUGUUGCUGCAUUAACAAUCAUACAAUGGACAAUGUGUCUUAUGUGUAUGGAUUUAAAAUGUUCUUUGGAUUACGAGCAGUUAAAUUGAGAAAAAUGGAAAGCUAAAACAUUAAAUUUCACCAGUUUCUGUUUAUAAUUAACUCCUGACCUUAAUGUGGACGAAGCUUUUGGGGCAAACUAGUCUAAUUUACCAUAGAUUAUGAUGGAACCGAAGUAAAUAGUUUUCUAUUGUAUGCCUGAGAAGAAAAUGCACAAAUAGGCCACAGUUGUAAAUAAAGUCUCGAUAAAGUUCUAAUGUUUUUCAACAUAAUUUAGAACUGUGGGGAAAAGAUAAGAAAGCACACAUUACUCAUAACCUUUUGCCUUCCAUAGUAUUUAUUUCCAUUGAAUUAAACACCUGCCUCUAUUAAACUAAGAAUUACUGAUUACUUUCUGUUGACGGAACAAAAUCCAAAGCCUUAGUUCCAAAAAUGAUGUCAGUAAAGCCAAAGACAGAGUGGAAAGAGAUUGUUGAGGAGCAGGGGGUUGCAUGAGCCCCAAUGAGCAUGGAUGAUUCCUUGUGCAUUUUUCCCAAUUUUUACACAGCUUGUGAUCUAAUCAGAUUCUUUUCCAAUUCCAAUUUUUGGAAGUUAUUUCACAAUAAUAUUUUUUUCAAAUGUAAAGACUCCAGUUUGAAUGUAUUCUAUCUAAUACAACCCCAAAGUGACCUAGAUUUGCAAAUGGUAUUACUAGAAGAAAUAAUGUACUGGAGUAAACAAAGAUGUAUUUUCAUACAUAAUUUCAACAGUACUUUCUAAAACAGACUUUUAUAGAAAGUACAUUGAGGACACUAUCCAACUCCCUUUUUAGUAAGUGAAAUGUCUUGAAUGGGAUAUGUGGUGGAACAUAGACUUCACCAUCAGUUGACGAGACGAGACAGUUAUUGCGGCACGCCUUCCCGUAGGGGGCCGGGUCAGGCAGAGCGCCGUGCAGCUUUCUUUGCUAUAAACUCAAGCACACGCUGCGUUCAAACGCCGGAUUUAGGUGGAAAAGGACGAAAGUUUUACUGCAUACAAGCAGGCAGGAGUGUCUCAAAAGUGAUUUGGUCGAGGAUUGAAGGUAAUUAUUAUAUAAGAUAGCAUAAAAAAAUACAACUUCUUAAAAAAUAAUAAAGCCUAGAACCAGGUAUGACUGCAAGCAUUCCCCGGAGCAUCAUCACUUUGAAACGUUAUGAAAAGAAUGAAUGGGAAAAAAUGUGUGUAACUUUGGCUUGAAAUAUUUACAGUACGUAAAAUGUAUGAUAUCUGCCUAUCUGCCCUUCAUAUCUAUAGAAAUUCUGGGAGUUGCGCAUUUAUUUACAAGAAAUUUUAACCUAAAAAGCUCUUUGUUUUAUGAUGGCCGACAUGUUGUAUCCAUACACAAUAGCGUAACUUUACAUUCAAAUGAUCAGGCAGUUUUCGGCCAACUGCCUGUUUUUUGGCAAAAAAAAAAAUAGUAAUUUAGACAUUUCUGCGUCCAUACAAAAAAAAUUGCAUUGUACAUUUUAUGUAAAAUUUCAAUCUAAACACGACGAGGGCCAGAUAGCCUGCAAGACGUGCAGUGGCAAAAGUAACAUCAGAAUUAAACCUAAAGAAGUUGUGAUUUUAUAGGCAAGGCAAGGCAAGGCAAAUUUAUUUAUAUAGCACAAUUCAACACAAGGCAAUUCAAAGUGCUUUACAUCACAUGAAAACCAUAAAAAUCACAUUUAAAUCAACACAACGUAAAAACCAAGACAAAAGAUCGCAUUUAAUCACAGAAUAAAAAUAAAUAAAUAAAAAUAAAACAAAAAUAGAAAUAAAGCAAAAACUACUACUAAUAAUAAUCAUUGAAAUCAGCAAUGGAGAUAAGCACAAGAGGAAUAGAAGGCAGGUAGAUUGAAAUAUAUAGACAGUUAUGGAUAUGCAGUGCUAAACAAAAGCGUUUUUAGCCCUGAUUUAAAUGAGCUAACGGUUUGAGCAUACUUCAAACCUUCGGGUAACUUGUUCCAGAGGUGAGGAGCAUAAUAACUAAAUGCUGCCUCACCCUGCUUGGUUCUUGUUCUUGGAACAUGCAGAAGACCCGUUCCAGACGACCUUAAGGGUCUAGAUGUCUCAUAGGAAUCUAACAAGUCAAGCAUGUAUUUUGGUCCAAGG